AUGCGUCAGUGGUUUUACAAUCAUGAAAAGCUUCUCUCCCAGCUUAAUUACAGCAGUAACAUUAAUUUUAGUAGCAUUUCUUCAUCAAAUUCAAAUGUAGGUAAUAAUAACAGCAGUCAACCAUCUUCUAAUCAAGAUUCUGAAAACAUCAAACAAAGAAAUAGAUCUCAAGCCUAUUUGCUGAGAAAAAAAGCCAAAAAGAAGAAAAAACGGAAACAAAACCAGAUGGAACGUAGGAAACUUAAUGAAAGUCUCAGCAGUAGUAACCCUUUGACAGAAAAUGAUGAUGGCGACGACGAUGAGGAAUAUGAGAUGCAUAUAAGUGAAGAGAUGAGGCAGUUUUUUGAAAUAUCAGCAAAACAUAGAGAAGAAAGAGAUAAAGUGCCAAAAAGUCAACAUCAUCACCAAAAACUGGAGACAGACACUGAAAAUAAUGACAAAUCUCAAAGCAAUGAGCCUCCUGACACAGAAUUAGCGGAUGACACAGACCUGAUAGAAAAACCAGGUGAAGCAAGGAUGAAAGAAAUGAAGGAGUUGUAUGGCAAAGGAGCAGCCAAGAUAUAUGCCAUGGAGACUGCUAUGCAGUUAACCUUUGAUCGAAACUUUGACCAAAAACUUCCAAAAUUUUGGCCAGCUUUACCUCUAAACCUCAAAUUUGAUUGA